GUUCAGCGCCUUGGCAUUCCGAGAUUUUAUGGCAUCUUGGGCGGGCAAUUCAGCUCGAUCGUCGACAGUUAUUGCUUAGCUUUCCGGGCGAGCUGCUUCGGUGAAUUUGGUGCUGUCCUCUCGGUUUUCGCAACCUAACAAAAUGCCUCGUCCGGGGAAAAAUUCCUACAGUGAUCAAAAGCCUCCUUACUCCUACAUCUCACUGACUGCCAUGGCUAUCCAGAGUUCUGCCGAGAAGAUGCUGCCUUUGAGUGAUAUUUACAAAUUUAUCAUGGACAGGUUCCCCUAUUACCGAGAGAACACUCAGCGCUGGCAGAAUUCUCUCCGCCACAAUCUGUCCUUUAACGACUGCUUCAUCAAGAUCCCCCGCAGACCAGACCAGCCCGGCAAAGGCAGUUUCUGGGCUCUUCACCCGGACUGUGGCGAUAUGUUCGAGAAUGGGAGUUUCCUCCGCCGCCGCAAGAGGUUCAAGGUGCACCGGUCUGAACACUUGUCCGCCAAAAACUCACAAAUGAUCCAUUAUUUCCAACACCACCACCACCAGCAGCAGCAACAAGCCAAGUUGGGGUUGGCCACAUCGGAGACGGCCCCAGGUAUGGGACGCAUACCCCAUUUCCAGCCCUAUGGAGUCAACGGGCCCCAGUCGACUGGAUUUAAGCACCCGUUCGCCAUCGAGAACAUCAUUGGAAGGGACUAUAAGAAUAUGAUGGCCAGUGGACUUCCUUUAGCUUCUGUAAUGCAUCACCUUGGUUACUCAGUGCCCAGCCAACUCAGCAACAUGGUAGGAUCCAUGUGGCCUCAUGUUGGUGUCAUAGACUCGAUGGCCCCCAUGCCAGUUUCUCCAGAGUACAACCCAUUUGGUGUGCCCAUGAAGACAAUCUGUCACCCGGGCACACAGACUAUGCCAGCUGUCCCCGUGCCCAUCAAACCUACAGUGUCACUGGCGUCUAUCUCCACAAUGCCUGUGCCAGGAGCCCUGCCGGGCAGUCCCACGCAGAUCUGUCCGUCUUCAUCUUCAACCUCCCUACAUCUUGAUCAGACUCGGUCAGCCCCAAGUGACGGCAAAACUAACUCAUUACACUCGGUGCUCGUCCAUUCCUGAGGGUGAUCAGUUUUCACAGGGAAAGAAUUGAUUAAACGUGAAAAGGUUAAUUAUGCAGAAAAUGUUUUGGCUCGUUAAAGAUUCAUAAAUUGUUCUCAUUUAAACAUGACAUCAGGGAAAAGUUUUAAUAGAGCAUUUAUAGGUAAGAGGGUUUACUUCCGUCAGACAAGUCACCAGUGACCUAAAUACUAAUUAAAACAGAAAGUUGAAUGUUUCUGGAAUAAAAUGCUUGGGUAUGAAAAAAGUAUAUUUUAUCAUUAUUGCAGAAACAUCAUUUGUGAGUAAUUUAAGGUGCACCUUAUCUUUCUGUGUGU